AUGGCCGCAAUUAACGCAUAUACGCUCGUCGCGCUGCUCCUUGUCCUUUUCACGAACCUCGCCGGCAUCGCCGCCCUAGGUAGCGCCGAGGCCAGCCAGACGUAUCCCGCCAAUCCCUCGUCGCCAUGGACAAGCAUGAGCUCGGACCAUAUCAGGAGGCUACACUACACGACGGCAGAGGUAAUGACACAUCUAAGCAAGGCGGCGGGCCUCACGCAGACCGCGGCGCUGCUGCUUAAGCAGGAGAACUGCCACCUCCGUCUCGUGGCGUCCCGCCAGUCGUUUCAUAAUGCUGCGAUCCUUCUGAAGCAGAAAGAGAAAGAUUUAAUCGUGGGGCAGAUUGACAACGCGAUCGCUACCAUUGGCGAUGUUAGGGGAUCCCUAGAGCCCGUUUUCCAUCGACCCGCUAUGGACUACCUUGAUGGGGCGCUACGGUUGGCCGACGUCGCUCGCUGUUCAUUCAUGGAUAGGCGAAAGCGACGAUCUGCAUAG